AUGGCUGAGGCAUCCAAAAAGGUAAAGCUAGAUGGACAGUCUAGCAAGACGAUUGGUACACACAACGGCGUUUUUCACGCAGACGAGGCAUUGGCUGUGUUCUUAUUGAGAUUGUUACCAGAGUACAAAGCAUCUCCUGUUACGAGAACGAGAGAUAUCAACAUUUUAAACCAAAUGGAUAUCGUUGUUGAUGUCGGUGACGUUUACGACCAUGAUAAGAAACGCUACGAUCAUCAUUACAGAGGUUUCAAUGAGGUGUUUGGUCAUAACCACAACACAAAGCUCAGCUCGGCUGGUUUGAUCUAUAAGCACUACGGUAAGAAGAUUAUCAGUGGUCAUCUGGGUUGGAAUGAGGACGAGGAGCGUACACUGCAGAUCUGGCUGAAGGUUUACAGAGAAUUCAUAGAAGCUUUGGAUGCUAUUGAUAAUGGCGUCAGUCUCUAUCCUACUGUAGAAAACCUUCCUGAGGCUGCAUACCGCAACAGGACUGAUCUAAGCAGUCGCGUUGGCAAGCUCAACAGCAAUUGGAAUGAAGAAUUUACCGAGCAGUCUCAGAUGGUUAGAUUCGAAGAGGCUUCCAAAUUGACAGGAAAAGAGUUCCUUGAAAGCGUUGACCAGUACGCAAAGGUGUGGUUACCUGCACGUGAUAUUGUCGUGGAUGCUUUGAGCAAGCGUAACCAAGUUGAUGAUUCUGGCAAGAUAAUCCUUUUCGAGACAUUUUGUCCAUGGAUAGACCACUAUUUUGAACUCGAACAUCUCGAUCAAUUCCAAAUAAAGCAAGGUGAAGAGCCACUCUACGCUCUCUUACCUGAUGGCAGCAAAGGUUGGAGGGUACGUGGAAUUCCACCAAACAGCACUACAUUUGCUCUUCGCAAACCGCUCCCAGAACCUUGGAGAGGUCUGAGAGAUGAAAAAUUGGCGGAGGUUAGCGGAGUUCCUGGUACUAUCUUUUGUCAUGCAAGUGGAUUCAUUGGUGGUAAUGACACAUUCGAAGGUGCGCUCGAGAUGGCGAGAAAGGCAGUCCAAUUUUAG